UCCUCCUCCUCCUCCUUCCUCCUCCUCCUCCUCCUCCUCCUCCUCCUCCUCCUCCUCCUCCUCCUCUCCGUAGCCAUUUUGGCUCAAGGUUUUGGUUUCCCCUGGGAACAAAGUGGAUACCGCUAGUCCGCGGCCAGCUUUCGACAUUCGCCUGGUUCGCCCCAGGCAGAGCGCCGUGCGGUCCGCCCCGCACGGCCCAGCCCCACCACGGCCCUGUUGCUUUGCCUCGCGUGGCUCCUUGCCGCGUGCUCUUCCGACCUGCCAUGGCGCCCAGGUCGCGCAGCACAGAGGCUGGCCCAUGGUACUGCAAAUGGUGCAAGCAUGAGCCUACGGCAACGAGUUGGAUCAACCGUGGUGAUCAGAAGUGGUGCGGGAAGUGCGGCAUUCCGAAAGGCUCCGCCUUUCACGGGGUGCCCCCGCCCAAAGUUCCAGUGCAGCGCUCUCAUGAAUUGGUCACAAAGCGGGAGAAGCUUCUCGCUAAACAGUUGGAGGAGUUGCAGCAGCGCAUGCAGAAGCUGGUUGGAAGUCACAAUGGUACGGAGUUGGAGUCCAAGGAGCCCGCCAUUCCUCCCUGGGCUAAAGGCACUGGAGUGGCGGUCAAGCGUGAGCGUCUCGCCAAGCUUGGUAGCCUCCUCAAGAUCCUGUCGGGGCCUGAAGAUGCCGAGCAGCGUGCGGUGUAUGAGGCCGAGAAGCAGCGACUGCAGGCCGAGCUCCAGGCUGAUAAACCGAUCGAGGCCAAUCUGCAGGGGCUCACCAGCCAGCUCAAGACCGCUCGCACGAAGCUAUCCAGUAUUGCUGUCAAAAAAGAGGCUGCUCGAGCUACGCUGGAGAAGGCCAAGCUGGCCCUGGCGCAGGUCGAGCAGGAUGAGCAUGAUGCUAACAAACAUAUCCUGGAGCUCGAGGAGAGGUUGCGCCACGUGGUCGGUCCCGCGGUGCAGUUCGAUGACAAGUCACCAUCCCUCUCCACAUUCUUACCAGGCAUGGAGGCCACGGUGGAGCAGUUUGACGCCGUGGUCCGCGCGCUGGGCGGCUCGGAGCGUUUCAGUGCCGACCUCAUCGCCAUGCGCGCUCUGGUGCAGAAGCUCAAGGAAGCCCCAGAGGCGGCAGUCGCGCCCGAGCCGCCUCAGCACGAAACUCAGUCCACUCCUCCUGAGGCUCGAGAGUCCAUGGAUAUCGACGACGCUGAAGAUCAGGAUCGUGCUAAUGCUCAUGUCGAUAGCUUGGACGGUCGCACUUGCCGUGAACAUCUCAAAGAAUGUGGCAUCGACGUCGACGUGGGCGGGGAUGAUGAGGAGAUUGACGAUACAAAGGAGCGUGAGUUACGGGACAAGCUCAAGCGUCACUUGGCCCAAGUUCACAUGCUCACCAAGAAGUUCAAGACCAGUG